AUGCCGCAAUUGCACCAGUCACCUUUCUGCUCUAGACAACUAAGAUGGACUCGGAACGUCACAGCAGCUAUCUUAAUAUUGUUUCUUAUCCUUUACCAUAUCCCCGAUCGGACAUGGAGAGGUGCAAAUCUGCUCGUCUUUGGUGCGCACUGGGAGAGAUUUCCUAGAUUGAAUGGCUACUAUGCUGGUUUGAGCAAUCUUGUACCGAUCUCGCAGCAUGUCGAAGAAGGAGUUCAAGAUUUGUGGUCAAAGACUGCCAACACCGACUUAUUGAGCGAGGAUGAUAUCCGAACUCGGAUAAUAGCAUACAAUCCGUACCCCCACAACAACACACGACGAUGCUUUCUAGAUGACAAAGGCACUGUCGACAUACCCGCUCUUUACUCUUAUCAAGGCAUUCCCCAGUAUCAUCCAGAGCCUCUACAUGGAUCUUAUGAUGCUUUAGGCCUCCGAGACGACAUUUGCUUCGACCGCUAUGGAAGACUUGGUGCUUAUGGACUCGAUGAAAAUGCGACAAUCCAGGAACACCACUCGCCCGAUGGAAGCAUCACGUCCACCCCCCGCAGCAAGUCGAUCAACUGGCAAUCUAUUGACUGGAGUGCCGCGCAGCACAGAUGUCAUGAUACCAACAAACACCGAUUUGUACAAAGUUUGAGUUCUGGCGACCAUCGAUCUACUCCAAGACAAGCUCUUGUCUUGAGGACGUGGACAGGAUAUCACUACACGCCUCACGUCAUGAUGAACAUUCGAGCUCUCAUCAGCGAAUUAUCACUAGGCUCUGGCGCAGAGUAUGAUGUCCAUUUACUUGUGCACGUCAAAAACAAUUCAGCGCAAUUUUGGGAAUCUCAAGAUCUAUACCGUGAGAUACUGCACGCAAAUGUUCCAAAGGAGUUCCGCGGUCUAGCCACUUUUUGGUCAGAGAGUCAGAUGGAGAUGGUUUAUCCUGGGCCAUUUCUCAACAACACGCUCAACAAGUCUGGAAAGUCUAUACACGGGGUCUACAGGAGCUCUCACAUGCCUCUCCAAUACUUUGCGCAAAACAAUGCUCAGUAUGAGCAUUUUUGGAACUGGGAGAUGGAUAUGCGAUACACUGGCCAUUACUAUGAGCUUCUGGACCGAUUGGGACAUUGGGCAAACGCCCAACCGAGGCACGGAUUAUGGGAGCGUAGUGCAAAGUACUACCUGGAGAAGAUGCAUGGAACUUGGAAACAGUUUUCCGAUCUUGUUCAUCAGGAGAAUCCUAACACCAUCUUUGGGCCGGUGAAGUUCCCUAGUUCCCAAGCACUCAAGUUUCAACGAGCAUCUUGGCUGUCUUCAAGCGUAGAAGAUGAUAAGGACGCCGACUUGAUAACACUAAGUCCGCUAUUCGACCCGAACGAAUCAGGGUGGUACUUUGAUACGGACAUCACUGGAUAUCCCUCGGAUUCGCCUCUACCACCUCGUCGUGUCGCGAUCAUCGCUGCUUCGCGUAUGUCCCGCGGCUUGUUACAUCUGAUGCAUGAAGAAACUCUUCAAUAUAGGCGCUCCAUGUGGACAGAGAUGUGGGCACCCAGUAUCGCUCUACAUUACGGACUGAAGGCUGUUUAUGCACCGCAUCCCGUUUACUACGACCGCAAAUGGCCUGUUUCGACCGCUGACAAGAUCUUCAAUGCUGGCAAACAUGGUUCUUCUGGUGGCAAUGCUUUUUCCGUCUUCGGUGCAUUCGAACACAAUCAUCUGGGAAGUACCUGGUAUCACAAUGCCCGAUUUGCUGGAGAGCUUUGGAGAAGCUGGCUUGGUCGUGGAAGCAGACACGGCAUGUUUUCUCAACAAGGAGUCGACCGCAUGUGUCUGCGUUCUAUGCUUUUACACACCGUCAAAUACGAGUGAAUGCAAGUGAUCAAGAACAUUCCCAACGACCUGGACCCCUGUGUCUCCCUGUCGGCUCAUAAUCCGACCCGCCCGCUUUCCCCCGACCCCGCAUGACACCGCGAUUACCCUUUCUGGCCGACCUCCGCAAAAUGGCUUGUCUACUCUAGACAAAGCCAAAUAAGCAACCUUCUUUGCUCUAUCAGUAUUAUCAUCACUCAAUUCUAGCAUUCAUCACCGACGAAAUGAGUCUUGAUCAAUCACAAGUCGCAUUGCGCGACGACCAGCAAUCGACACAGCCCAUUGAACAACUCGCCGUUGAAGAAGAUCCACACGAAUUCGAAUUGACAGGACUUGGCCUGAUCAC